AUGAGUGGUGGAGAAUCUCAACUGCUACCAGCAGCAGUGGCAACACCAUCUCUUCUCUCAAAUAACUCUCUGUCAUCAUCUUCUUCAAGUAAUAGACAAUUGAAUGGUGGUGAUUUAUCAUCAGUUAUGAUGGCUGCUCUUCAAUCUUCAUCGGAUCAUUCUUUGGAUCAAUUAUUUACCGAUAAUACUAACAAUACAUUUCCAACAUCAUCAUCUUCAAUAACACCAAAUAAUAGUGAUAAUGCUACAAGUAUUUUACUUUUCCUAUCUAAUGCAGGAAGUGUAAUUGCAAAAAGCGAAAUUGCUUCGGUUUCAGAAAGAGUAAAAGGCUGGAUUAAAAAGAUUUCUCAAUCAAGUAAUCAAAUUAGAUUUCAUUUACAAUUUAAUAUUAGUUUAACUCUUGGACAAAUACUUAAAUAUGGAAUUCCGAUUACUGCUGUAUUAUUAUAUUGUAUAUAUAAAUUAAUUAAAUAUGUAAAAUAUAAGUAUUUAAGAGAUAAAUCAAAGGAUAUUUCAAAUCCGAAUAAUAAGUAUAGAAUAUCCUUACGAAAACUUUGGAAGAAGAAUACAAAGGCUUCUAGUCAAGAUAUUAUGGACCAAUCUGAUGAGGAAAACUCAAUGUAUAGUAAAAAUGUAAUUGUGGAUGAUUCAAAAUCUGUACAAACUAACUCGGAAUAUGCAUUUCCUAUUUCAUCUAGUUAUUCAUUUAAUGAGAAAACAAUUAAUGGUGUUAAGGGUGUAAUGCUCAAUUCAGGAAGAUGGUUAUCAUAUGAAGAAUAUGGAAACACUUCAACUAAAACAAGAGUUGUCUUCUUUUUCCAUUCUAUUGGUCAAUCUAGAUUGGAAACUCCAACCAAUGAACAUGAUAGUAUUGGUAAAAGAUAUGGAAUUAGAUUUAUUCAUGUUGAUAGACCAGGAUAUGGUCAAUCAAGUCAACAAAAAUCAAGAAGUUUUUUAUCAUUUGCGAGAGACAUUGCACAAAUGUCAAAUAUAUUAGACAUUGAACAGUAUUCAGUUAUUGGAGUGUCUUCUGGAAGCUGUUAUGCAUGGGCUUGUGCCUAUUUAAAUAUUGAUAAUAAGGUAGUUUCUUGCAGUAUAUUAAGUGGAGAACUACCAUACUUGUAUAUACCUCCGUCUCAAACCUCUAGGUUUCUAAAAGAUACUUCAUUACUUGUAAAUUAUUUACCGAAAUUUAUAUUUAAAGGAUUAUUGAAUACUGCACUCAAAAGUACUGUAUUUAGUGAGCCUGAAAGAUUUUCAGGAUAUGUGAGACAAAGUUCUUACUUUUCAAAAGAAAAUAUUGAAGAUUUGCAAAACUUUUGCAGUAAUUGCGUAUUGAGCAUGAGAGAAGGAAUGAAUGCUUUUGGAGUUACAGAAGUAAUCAGAGAGCUUAAAAUGGAGAGAGAAGAUUGGAACUUUUCACUUAAAGAUGUAUCAAUACCUGUUCAUAUGUGGCAUGGAGAACAUUCUCUGAUACUACCACUACCUUUGCUUAAAUCUGCCAUUCCAAGUUUAAUUAGUGAUAGGUACAAUGAGUUUAGAGUAACAGAAAACAAGAUCAACUCUCAAAAACAAUCAAAAAAGUCAUCAAACUCAAAUACUUCCCAAGGUCUUCACAGAAUAGGUUCUACAGAAACAAUUGAGACGAUGACAACCUCUGUAACUGUUGAGACAAAAACAAAAACUGAAGAGUCCUCAAACAAUAAUUACAGAUACACAAAUGUCAAUCUUCAUACUGUGGCAGAUCAUGGUCAUUUGUUCUGGAGAAGUGCUACAAUGUUUGAAGAAGUUGUCAAAUCAAUAUCUGAACAUUUGGAAACAAUUUAUGAUAACAACAGCUAUUUUUCAGAAACUACCUCGAUAUUUGAAUUUAGAACUGACUUUUAAUAAAUUAAUGAUCUUCGUGGCCU